CAAAAACCAUUUUUUAUUUUUCCUUAUAAUUUCCAUGUUGUUCUGAAAGCUCAUGGCAUGCUUAGACAUGUACAACUCCGAGCACAAGGGUCAUCAUCAUCAUCAUCAUAAUAAUCAUAAUAAUAGUCAUCAUCACUGUGUUCCAAUGAGUCCCAGAAUCUCUUUCUCAAACGAUUUUGUGGAUGUUCAGCAAGCCACAAAGCAAGAACGAAGUUCCAGAUCAGAAGCACCAGUGUCCUCAGACUUCGAGUUUUCUACCACAAACCACUCCAUGAUGAGUGCUGAUGAGCUUUUCUUCAAGGGAAGGUUGUUACCCUUCAAGGAUAACUGCAUCAACCAGGUUCAGAGAGCCACCACCACUCUCAGGGAAGAGCUCCUCGUAGGUGAUGAUGAUGAGUACCAAGGUUUUUCCCUAAGGCCACCUAAAGGGUCUUCCACAAAGUGGAAAGGGUUUCUGGGUCUCAGAAAAAGUCACGUUGGUUCUAAAAAGGUUGACAAGAUUGAAGGUUCUUCAGUUGAAGCAAGAAGGUCAGGGUUGGUCAAUGAGACAGCUAGGCUUCAUAUGACUUCACAGGAUGAAGGAGGGUCAAGUUGCAUGGAUGUUGAGAUUGAGAUGUAGAGUUGUGGCUGAAGAAGGUAUUGAAUUUGUAGAGGAAUGGGCCAAAUUUUUUUUGACCAUCUUGUUUUCUUCCACUUUAGAGAACGAUAGGCUCAUUUUCUUUUUUAACUUUUUUCCCGCAUCUUUUUUGUGUUUUUUCUCAACUUCAGCGGGUUCGGAUAAAUCAAGGAAGUGAAUUUAUGUUUUAGGUUUUUGCUUGUCAACUUUGAUUCUCUUAUUUCUAUUGAUCCCUCUAGGA